AGAGGUUUGCAUCGGUGUGGUUGCUGCACUGGCAGUACGAAUUUUGCAUCCGUUUUACCUUCUGAACAAACGGAUAUUGAUAUCUGGCACUGCAUUGGGCAUUGGCGUGACAAAGAUCCAGUAUUUGCUUCCUCAUUAACGGUGAUUCGGGUGCCUUGCUGGCUUGCUGCUACAUUGAGGAAGCACUGUAACCUACGUGUGAACUUUGAUGUACAUUGAUCACCCAUGGCUGCGCAAACCCGUUCGACAUCGCAGCGAUUCUGGUACAUGCUGUCCUACGCUUGCAGUGAGCUCUGCUUGAUCAUACUGCUCUAUGUUGCUGCUGUGGCAUCAUACGCAGCGACAAGGUGGGCGCGCAUCUGCAGGCUGAAGGCGCCUUGCCUCGUUUGCUCAAGGCUGGACCAUGCCCUCCAUGGCAAGCCAUGGUUCUCUGUGGAUUUGGUUUGCGCCGCACAUCGGUCAGAGAUCUCAUCUUUGUCUUACUGCAAGAGCCAUAACCAGCUUGCACGCUCUGAUGAUCUCUGCAAAAGAUGCCUCCUUGCAUGCACCGGGCUGGUCGCUUGCCCAGCGUUAGGUGUCAGCGAGGAGGUUAACUCUCGGUCCAGAUCGAGGUCCAAACGGUUAUGUUCUUGUUGUUCAGAGUCAUUCAAGAAUGCUCGCAAUGCACUAAAGCUUUCUCAAUCUGUGAAUGAUGCGGAGUCUUCAGAUACCGUGAAUGUUGUGGAGGAGACUAACGAAAGGAGCCAAUUUGCUGCAAGUGACAGCAAUGUUGCCAUGCCAUCAAAGGUUAUACCUGAAGAAGUCCCUGCAGAUCAUCCAAAAGAAAAGACUUUUGUGGUGGGAAUUGAAGAAGUCAACGAAUCAGAUGGUUCACCUGGCUCAGAUGGACAAUCUACAAAGGACAAUGGUCCUUCUACAAAUGCUGUGACAGCAAAGCCAGUGACCUAUAGAUCAGCCGCACCGACACGCAUUGCUGUUGACCGGAACAGCAGUGUAAAAAAUGCAUUCAUUGUUAGUGUGAAUUUGCCAUCUCCUCGUCCAUCAGAAAUAAUCUCUGCCAGGGACAACAAUUCAACAACUCAGCAAGAAGUGAAAGCACUUCUUUCUCAGAUGUCUUCUGCAAGGGCCAUUGACAGUUCUUCGAGGGAAGGGGCACCUAGCCCUGGUAUCAAUAUUCAGACUGAUGAAAGCAGAAGACCAUCGCUUGAGAGGAAUUAUUCUGUGCUGGAACCUACAGAUGGGAACCUCGCCGAGGAUAUUGAAGGGGAGAGUUCUGUUGAGAAUCUAAAGAAACACCUUGAGCUCAAUAAGAAAUCAAUGGCAGCUCUUUACAAAGAGCUUGAUGAAGAAAGGAGUGCUUCAGCGGUUGCAGCUAGCCAGACGAUGGCCAUGAUCAAUAGAUUGCAGGAGGAAAAGGCAGCAAUGCAGAUGGAAGCACUGCAAUAUCUGAGGAUGAUGGAAGAGCAGGCUGACCACGACCAUGAAGCAAUACAGAAUCUACAUGAUUUACUUACAGAGAGGGAGAAAGAAUUACUAGACAUGGAUGCUGAACUUGCGAGCUGCCGGAGGCUCCUUCAGAAUGAGCCAUUCAAUGUUGGGAGAUUUGAUGGCAGUGAUACAAGAGAUGACAUAAAUGUGGCAUUUGAAUUAUUGGAUGGUAAAGGUUUCGUGAAGAGCACCAUGGCGUAUUUCGAAGACGAAAAGGCAUAUAUUUUGGAAUCCUUGAGCAGAUUGGAGGAAAAUCUCUGCAUUUCCACAAACAGACUUGCUUCUGAUGUCGCCAAAAAUCGUCAAGAGAACAUAUUGUUAGAAGAUCACACAAGGGAUGAUGGCCAGUACUUGGAGAAUUCUCAAUUGGAUGGCCGGAGCCCACCAAUGAGUCGGAGACACUUAAGUAGUGAAUCGACUUCUAUUCAACAGCAUGAUGAAAAUGAAUCCAUUAAGGAGAACCACAAGGAUAAAUGUUCAUGUUCUCCUUUAGACAAUGACAAGAUGAGUGAUGUGAAAAGUAUUAAGAAUGAAAUUUCACUACUGAAUACAAGACUGGAGGCACUUGAAGCUGAUCAGAAGUUUCUCAAGCAGGUCCUGGGUUCCCUCAAAUGUGGUAGUGAUGGACUGCAGUGCGUACAGGAGAUAACCAGCCAUUUAGUAGAGUUGCGAAGAGUUGUGACUCGAUGAAGAUAAAUGGUUCUGCCUUGAGUUCACACUGUUUGGUCAUGAGUUCUUCUCAUGUAGUGAUCUAGAUGGUGCUUCCAGUGAGUGCCCAUUGUGCCAUCCGUCUUACAUCAUAGAGACCUGAAGACUGAUGCCAUUGCGGGAUCACCAAUGUUCUUCACUUCUGAUCUGGCUAAAUGUGGGAGAGAGCGCAUACCGAACCAAACUUUUUUCCAUCUGUUGCACUGACCUUCAGUUUUCAUCGACCAGGCUGGUCCAUUGUUGCUGUUCUUCUGACAUUACUUCAGCAGAUAACUGAAACAGACAAAACAUCUCUUGUAUAUGAUAUGGUGGUUGUUGAAUUAGGAGCAAGUUUGUACUGUAGAUGUAACCAAUC